AUGCCGCCGUCACCAAAUGAAGGCACAGACGGCUCGAAGACCUGGUCCGCGUCGCACCUAUUCCAAGACGGCGCCGCGGAGCGAUGGCACAAGAUUCACGAGCACCUGAACAAGAACGAGUUCCGAGCGGCCAUCACCACAGCCUUUGAGUUACCGCCCGGCGACACCUUCACGUAUCAUGCCUCAGCCAGCGUGAAUCUGGCCCAAGUGGAGGCCGCACUCCACGCAGGCCGGGCGAACGGGUUGCACGCGUGGUACAUUGAGCCUGUGAGCGACAGCAAUGGCGAUGGCGAUCGCGAUGGCGAUGGCGCCACGGACAAGGCACACCCGUCACUCCGGCUCGUAGGGUAUCCUCCGCCCAGCGAUGUGCAGGCGUACAUUUCGCUAUUCGACCCGACCAAGUCCGCGGCCAACAGUCUGAAAUCUCUGGCGGCGAAUGCCAAAAAGGGCUCUAUCCGCGCCAGCGUGGCAGAAUAUCUGCUCAGCAAACGAUACCUGGAUAAAUCGAUCAAUGUGCCGAAAUUCAAGCUAGCACCUCCAAAACCACAGAAGGCUGCAGCUGGGACUUCUCCUUCCUCGUCCUCCUCAACAAACAAUGCGGACGGGACAGGUUCGAAUCCGAAUCCGAAUCCGAAUCCGAGCUCGACAUCAACGCCAACACCAUCACCAGAACUCCAGGGCCAUCAGAACCCGGCACUCGACUUUUGGGCCUACGCAUGCCACGCGCUCGAGUAUGCCGGCCCCAACGCAAACACGGCACUAGUCAAGUCAGCGCACCACACGCUGCCGGUGUACAUGCACCAUUUCGGCUGUGUGGUUCCGUCCUGGGAAGCCUUGCAGAUCGUAGCGAAGCUGGCUGCUGGACUGCAAUCCGACUACUACUCCAGGAUCAAGUCUCAGUCUAAGUCUAGCAGUACUGGUGGAUCCUCACCCGGCGCACCUGGUGCAGACACGACUUCCGGAUCCGUCCUCGACAUGGGCAGCGGCAACGGAUACUGGACCCUGAUGCUCCGGCGGCUCGCGGCCAACCUGGACGUGGUCGCCGUGGACAGCGGGCAAAGUCGAUGGCGCACGACGUGGAUUCCGGACACGGUGGUCGCGGACGGCGUGCAGUAUCUGCGCAAACGCGCCGGGUGUCCGGACCGCGUGCUGUUGCUGGUCUAUCCGAUCGUCGGGGGCGAGUUUACCCGCAAGGUUCUCAACGCGUAUACCGGCGACGUGGUCUGUGUGGCGGGCACGCAGAACGGGAACGGAUACACCGGGUUCAAGGAUAUGAUGAUUGACGAGUAUAUGGCUAGAGAACGGCCAGGUUGGGAGAAAGUCUGUCAGGUCCCGCUACCGAGUUAUGCUGGGAAGGACGAUGCGUUGUUCGCCUUUCGGAGGAGGAAAGAUACGGCGAAGAAUGGCGGUCCAUGA